UCUUGUUGUCCCGGUAGCCUGAGGUCCCUGCGAGGUGGCAGCGGUGGCCAGAGCAGCAGCAGCAGCAGCAGCAGCAGAAGCAGCGAGCGGGACGGAGUUAGGACCGCUCGGAGCGCCCAGGUCUCGAGGUAGUGUAAGGUUUUUUUUUUGCAAUCCUUCCACUCGCUGGCAGUUGCAGAAGAUCUGCUUUUUAAGUGAGAAGAACACGCCACCCCUCCGAGGGCUGCGGCUUCCCGGGGCUGUUUCGUCGCUCGUCGCUUUGCCGGCCCCUGGCGCUCACUCUCUAAUCCGUCCGCGCCCCUAAGUUUGCCGAGAGCUGGCUGCGGGUUGGGAGCAGGGUCCCGGCCGGGCGCCGCGGGCGGGGGCUGGGAAGCGGCGAACCGCAAUCCAGAAGCAUCUUGGGGCCAUGUAUAUUUCAUCAAACGGACUUUGGGUGCGUCGCGUCUCGCAGCCAUCAACGCUAUGUUCAGUGACAUUUCUGACUUGAGUGGAGGAAUGCGCGAAGAAAACCGGGGCGAAAUUGCUUCGAGAGGAUCUUCUUGGCGCCAAGGCUAAUUGUCCUGAUUUAUGUCGCUUCUGACAAAAAAGAAAAAAAAAGACCUAACGUCUUCAUCUGAAAUAAAAUGAAAGCGGUGCCAAGCGGGAUAGAGCCGCCUGGCCGCUGGUUCUGAUCCCUUGGGAUCCCGGGGGGAAAAAUCGUUCUGUGGCUUAAAAGAAAAGAAAGAAACAGAAACAGAGAAGAGAGCGAGGAAAAACAAAACCCACAGUAAAAGUUUAAGGCGAGAAGUGGUGGUGGCGGCGGCGGUGCGGGGAGGCUGCGAGCGGAGAAGGCUGCCGAGACCUCGGAGGGCGGCGAUUUGGUUCCUAAUCCCACUGUAUUUUUGGAGGGAGAGGCACCUUUCUCAUCCUCCCUUCCUCUCCGCCCACCCCGCUCCCUCCCCCUCAUCUACCUGUCAAAGUCACUGAUCUUUUGCAUUUUGGAAGAGGACGUCAACGGGAAGGAAUUUCCCCCCCCGUCAGGGUCCCGGCUCCGAAAGGGGGCGACGCGCGACAAGGCUGCCUCAGGGGCAAGAGACCAAGGUUGCUGGUGCCAGAAGAGGGAAAAAAAGAAAAGAUUGAUGGGAAACAGACACAGGACCAUAGACAGCCAUCCCUUUGCUUCUGAUACUGAUACUUCAGCUCACCUGAACAGCCCUGAUGAACCCUGAACGCCGAGGAGCACUCAGGAUUAUCGGAUGUACAAUGGGAGAGCCUUCACUUUGCUAAAUUAUUAUCCGCUCCUGGACAUCUUUCACAAAAGUCUAAUAGAUAUGUUCUACGAGGAGAAAAGGCUGCAAGCUGUUAAUGCCUAACAGAUAAGCAUGUUAGGCUUCUACCAAAGUCCUCAGCAUACCUGACCACUUAGAAUAUUUCAGUCUGUCAUAUUUGGUUUUGGACUCUGCUUUGAGACCUCAGCCUAUUUUUAUAUAUAUCUACAUAAAGAUACAUAUAGACACACACACAAUACAUAUAUAAUAUACUCAUGUAUAUUUAAAAAUACACUGAUUGCAUAGAAGACACGAAGAUUGCCAAGAUUUUAGAGAUGAAUUUGUCAAGAUUCCUGUCGCUCCAUGCCCUGUGGGUCACAGUGUCCUCUGUGAUGCAGCCCUACCUUUUAGUGUGGGGACAUUACGAUGUAUGUAAGAGUCUGAUUUAUACAGAAGAAGGGAAAGUUUGGGAUUACACAGCCUGCCAGCCGGAAUCCACGGACAUGACAAAAUAUCUGAAAGUGAAACUGGAUCCUCCGGAUAUCACCUGUGGAGACCCUCCAGAGUCGUUCUGUGCAAUGGGCAACCCUUACAUGUGCAAUAAUGAGUGUGACGCAAGUACCCCUGAACUGGCACACCCUCCUGAGCUGAUGUUUGAUUUUGAAGGAAGACACCCCUCCACCUUCUGGCAGUCUGCUACUUGGAAGGAGUACCCCAAACCUCUCCAGGUUAACAUCACUCUGUCUUGGAGCAAAACCAUUGAACUCACAGACAACAUAGUUAUUACCUUUGAAUCGGGGCGUCCAGACCAAAUGAUCCUAGAGAAAUCUCUCGAUUACGGGCGAACAUGGCAGCCCUAUCAGUAUUACGCCACAGACUGCCUACAUGCAUUCCACAUGGACCCGAAAUCAGUAAAGGAUUUAUCCCAGCACACGGUCUUAGAAAUCAUUUGCACAGAAGAGUACUCCACCGGGUACUCCACGAAUAGCAAAAUAAUCCACUUCGAGAUCAAAGACAGGUUUGCAUUUUUUGCUGGACCUCGGCUACGAAAUAUGGCUUCCCUCUAUGGACAGCUGGAUACAACCAAGAAACUCAGAGAUUUCUUCACAGUCACGGACCUGAGGAUCAGGCUGUUGAGACCCGCUGUUGGGGAAAUAUUUGUAGAUGAACUACAUUUGGCACGUUACUUUUAUGCGAUCUCGGACAUAAAGGUGCGAGGAAGGUGCAAGUGCAACCUGCAUGCCACUUCGUGUUUGUAUGACAACAGCAAACUGAUGUGUGAAUGUGAGCACAACACUACAGGUCCAGACUGUGGGAAGUGCAAGAAGAAUUACCAGGGCCGACCUUGGAGUCCAGGCUCCUACCUCCCCAUCCCCAAAGGCACUGCAAACACCUGUGAAAAGGCAGGAGCUCUUUUUGCUUACAGCAAAGUACAGUUAACUGUGUCAUCCCAAAAAAAGAGUUCCUACUAUGACAUUAAACACAUUUCUCCUAAAAGCUUAAUGGUGGAGGGUUUCCAAGACUGUGAAUGCUUCGGCCACUCCAAUCGGUGCAGUUAUAUCGAUCUGCUAAACACAGUCAUUUGCGUGAGCUGUAAACACAACACUAGAGGGCAGCACUGUGAGUUAUGCAGGCUGGGCUACUUCAGAAAUGCUUCUGCACAGCUGGACGAUGAGAAUGUGUGCAUAGAGUGUUAUUGUAACCCUUUGGGCUCAGUCCAUGAUCGUUGUAAUGGCUCAGGAUUUUGUGAGUGUAAGACUGGAACAACAGGGCCUAAAUGUGAUGAGUGUCUGCCAGGAAAUUCCUGGUACUACGGCUGUCAACCUAAUGUCUGCGACAAUGAGCUCCUGCACUGCCAGAAUGGAGGGACCUGCCAGAACAAUGUGCGCUGCGCUUGCCCAGACGCCUACACGGGCAUCCUCUGUGAGAAGCUCCGGUGCGAAGAGGCGGGCAGCUGUGGCUCCGACUCCGGCCAGGGAGCACCCCCGCGGGGCUCCCCAGCGCUGCUGUUGCUGACCGCGCUGCUGGGGACUGCCAGUCCCCUGAUGUUCUAGGGGUCACACCCAGCCCUCCGGACAGGCCUGUGCUGUGGGGAAGCAAACACAACCCAAGCGAUUGCUACUGUCACAGGAAACACGCACACCCACUCCAACACAGUGUAUAAAAGAAGAGGGCCUAACUGAACUAAGCCAUAUCUCUCAGACCCGGACAGCACAUCGCACAUCGGAGUCAAGACUGUUCAUCACUGACUCCAGAGGAAUCGGCAGCUGUUGCUAUUACCACUGCAAAUCCCAUUGCCAGCUGCAGAGCUGAUUGCGGAUUGGAAAGGCUGUGACAGCGCCCCCAAAAGGAAAGACGACAAACAAACUGAUCAACCAACCUAAAAACAUUCGCUACUCUACCGUGGUGCACCCUAGUACCGCUCUGCUCAGUGUGUGGGCCAACCAAAUAAAAGCAUUCUUCGCUGUCAGGUGCAUUGUGGGUAUAAGGAAAUCUGUUACAAGCUGCCAUAUUGGCCUGCUUCAGCCCCCUACCCCCAAAUCCCUUCCAACCUGUGCUUUAGUGAACGUUGCUCUGUAACCCUUGUUGGUUGAAAGAUUUCUUUGUCUGAUGUUAGUGAUACACAUGUGUAACAGCCCCCUCCAAAGCGCAAGCCAGUCCUACCCCUGUAUAUUUCAGCAGCACUGCGAUCCCAGUGCCCGCUCAUAUCCACUUCACAAGAGUGGUUAGAGAAAAAGAGAAAGUGUAUCUAUCCUUUUGUAUUCAAAUGAAGUUAUUUUUCUUGAAAUAAUGUAAUAUGUAGAUUUUUUGUAUUAUUGCCAAUUUAUGUUACCAGACAAUCUGUUAAUGUAUCUAAUUCGACUCAGCAAAGACUGACGUUUGAUUUUUUGGUCCUCUUUGGUUUUGUUUCGUUUUGUCGUGCAGAGAUUUCUCUGUAAGGGCAACGAGCGUGCUGGCAUCAAAGAAUAUCGGUUUACAUAUAGCAAAUGUGAUAAGAUUCCACCAAAGGACAUUUUAAAUGUUUUCUUGUUGCUUUAACACUGGAAGAUUUAAAGAAUAAAAAUUCCUGCAGAAAUGA